CGCUGUUUUCGCUAAGCUAACUUUCGAUCGAUAAGUCUUCGGUCUCUGACCGAUAUUCUCGUUUUCUUAUUCAUAGCUUUUAUUUUAAUUUAAUUGAUAAACUAGUUGACUCAAAUUUGACUGAAUAUUGCCUAAUAUCUGUCAAAAUACAACUGUUGCCCGGAAUACACCAUCUUACACGAUUCCCAAUAAAGUUUGACAAAAACAAAUCUUGCCUUAUUCGAUUAUGGUAUAACAAAAUAUAUUCAUAAAUGGUAAUUGUCAUGACAUUUUGUUCGAUUAUAUAUUCGUACUUCCAUAUCUUUGCAUAUUUCUAGAUAAUCAUUUUACUUCUAGUCUAGUCACGUUCAAUAUUUAUAAUUAUCUAUUUUGUAGAAUUAUAUUUAAAUAUCACAAUCUUAAUAUAAUAAUGGAGCCACCGGUCAAAAAGAGUUAUUAUAGAAAAGAUAUUUCUAAAGAAGAAUCAGACGAAAGUGAUGAAGAGGAAUAUGUUCCGUAUGUCCCAUUGAAACACAGAAGACAAGAAAAAUUAUCUCGGGUUCAACAAUUAUUAUCAAAUCGAGCAGGUUAUGGAUCACCAGGAAGAAAAGAAGGAAGCAAUGAUGAAGGGGGCAGUGGUAGCAAUACUCCAGAACAUUUUGCAGAGAGAGAUGUUGAAGGUCCGAUUGCUCCACAAGAUUUACCUGGUCCACAAUCACAUAUUAGUUUACUUGAUCAACAUAGCACUUUAAAGAAAAAAGCUGAAGAAGUUCGAGAAACUGCAAAAGAUAUCCAAAUAAAAGAAGAGCAGAAAAUCUUAGAAUCUGUAACGGAAGGUCGAGCUUUGUUAUCGGUACAAGAAUUAGCUCAGGGCAUCACCUAUGCCCAGGCUCUCAAGACAAGUUGGAGACCUCCCAAGUUUAUCAGGGACAGAACAAAUGCAGCGAAUGAUAAAAUCAGGUUUGAGUUAAGAAUUGAUGAUGAAGGAGAAGAUGUCUCACCACCUAUCCCUUCAUUUCGUGACAUGAAAUUUCCUAAACCGAUUUUACAUGCUUUGAAGAAAAAAGGAAUCAAGCAACCAACUCCUAUUCAAACACAGGGAAUACCUGUUGUUUUAUCUGGACGUGACAUGAUUGGAAUUGCAUUUACAGGGAGUGGUAAAACAAUGGUCUUCUCAUUACCAAUAAUCAUGUUUUGUCUUGAGCAAGAGAAAAAACUUCCUUUUCAAUCAAAUGAAGGACCUUAUGGAUUGAUAGUUUGUCCGUCGCGAGAAUUGGCAAGGCAGACACAACAGGUAAUCGAUUACUUCUGUCGACAUCUUGAGGCAGAUGGCAAUCCACGAUUGAAUACGUCAUUAUGCAUUGGAGGAUUACCAGUCAAAGAUACUCUUGACGUCAUCAGAAAAGGUUGUCAUAUCAUGGUGGCUACUCCAGGUCGUCUAAUGGACAUGCUUGACAAGAAAAGAUUCAAUUUGGGUGUUUGCAGAUACUUGUGCCUUGAUGAAGCAGACAGAAUGAUCGACAUGGGUUUUGAAGAAGAUGUCAGAACUAUAUUUUCUUAUUUUAAAGGACAGAGACAAACUUUAUUGUUUAGUGCAACCAUGCCAAAGAAAAUUCAAAAUUUUGCAAGAUCUGCGUUAGUUAGACCCGUCACUGUUAAUGUUGGAAGAGCUGGUGCAGCUAGUUUGGAUGUUGUUCAGGAGGUUGAAUAUGUGAAGGAAGAAGCCAAAGUAGUUUACCUGUUGGAAUGUUUGCAAAAAACUCCGCCACCAGUUCUUGUGUUUGCACAGAAGAAAAAUGAUGUUGACGAUAUACAUGAAUAUCUACUUUUGAAGGGAGUGGAAGCAGCUGCUGUUCAUGGUGGAAAAGAUCAAGAAGAAAGAAGUAAAUCGAUUGAUAUGUUCAGAAAUAGAGAAAAGGAUGUUCUAGUAGCUACAGAUGUUGCUUCCAAAGGUCUUGAUUUUCCUGCCAUAAUGCACGUUAUCAACUAUGAUAUGCCGGAAGAUAUUGAGAAUUAUGUUCAUCGUAUUGGACGUACUGGUAGAUCAGGAAAGACUGGACUUGCUACAACUUUUAUUAACAAGUCGUGUGAUGAAUCAUUGCUGCUGGAUUUGAAGGCUCUCCUUAUCGAAGCAAAACAGAAAGUUCCUGUUUUUCUUCAAGAAAUUGGUCCAGACGAUGCAUCCUACUUGGAAUUGGGUGGAGAAAGAGGUUGCGCUUAUUGUGGUGGUCUCGGUCACAGAAUUACAGAUUGUCCGAAGUUAGACGCGGUCAAAUCGAAACAAAUUUCGAACAUGGGGAGACAGGAUUAUCUUGCAAGCAAUGCUGCAGAUUAUUAAGGUUUCUGAGAAGCAUGGUGACCACAGCGUUGUUUAUGGUCAGUUUGAUGAAAUAUAUAAUGCUGGGGUCUUGAGGUGGAUCUUUUUGAAGUGCACUCAUAUGGAAAGGUUAAAGCAGCAUAAUUUGUCUACGGAUUGCUCUGUCAAAGGAGUAUGCAUUCACAAGGAUUGCACAAAAGUGUAUUGGAGAGAACUGAUUCUGGGCAUUUCUAUUCUAAACUGACAUCGGAUUUCAAGAAAGGAAAUGUGUUUGUGAGAAACUUACUCAUUUUAAAGAAGAGGUGAUAGGUCGCGAAAACUUUGAUAAUCCUUCCAAAAAUGUCUUUGGAACUCAUUAACGAAAAGCUCUGGCAAACUAAGCCCCUCGAGUUAUCUUGAGAAGAAUCCUAAUUAGAGCUACAAUUUUCUUGGAAGUGAGAUAUUGUAACAAUGAGACGUAAACUGUUUAGAAUUGUGAUAAGAUGAACAUUGUUUUUCUUUUUUCAGAUACUAUGAUAUGUCUAUAUUUUUAUAAAAUUUAUGUGUUGAAACAAAUAGAUGAUAUGACAUAAAUUUCAACCAUCUGA